UUGAAUUAAAAGACUUACAGUAUGUCCUCUAAUUACGCGAAAUUUGAUGAUGCCCAGUCAAGGGAAGAGAUACUACUGCUGCAACGGAUAAACGAGCUGGAACGACGCUACGAGCUGUUAAUGCCAAUGGCUCAGGAACACAAUCCGGCCUGGUGCCGCGACACGUUUCUGCGUCAACUGUUUGCCGAGCUGGACAUGGAGCACGACGAGCCUGAGCUGAGCAAAGAGUCUAGUUCCAAUUCAAUAUCGGAUAAAAGUUAUAGUGCGAUGCCGCAAUACUCGACGUCUAUAACCAGCUUUCUGCGAUCUGCCCGACAGAUGAUAAGGACCACCCGCAAGCUGGAACGAAUCAGCGUAAGGGAGAUCGCUGCCCACGCCUACAAGCUGAGCGUGUUGACGGGUCGCAGGGACCUGCUUUAUGGCGAGCUGCUGGAAUCGGUGCAGCGCUCAUCGCUGUUCAUCAUGUUUUCGCGCGUCUUGAACCGUCUGCGGAUCAUGCAAAGCAUCUCCCUGGACUGCGGUGGCAUGAGCCUGAAUGACUUGCCGCACAAGUUAUUUACGUGGUCCAUGGAAGGGCUUUUCACGCGCUGCCAGAUGCCCGAUGAUGUCUAUCUGGACGUGCUGAUGCUCAACAAUAGUGCAGAUGUGCUGAACUGGGCCAAGUUUAGCACCGAUCUGGUCGAGAUAUUGCGCUACUACAAGUACUUCUACACGGAGACGUACGUAAACAAGGGCUAUCCGAAGAUGAUGACCAUAUUGUGGGACCAGCAGCACUUGCUCAAUAUUGGCGAGCAGCUCGACAAGGAUCUGCAAAUCUCAAAGAAAACGUUUGCGAAAAUCGAAAAGCAGUCGCGCAUUAUCUCCACUCGUUGGAUGGCCCAGUUCAAGGAUAAUUUGGUCAAGAGCUGCCAGCGACGCUCCAUGGAGGCCACUGUGCGCCUGCCCAUCGAGUGGCGCUACGUACGCGACUACUAUGCCACCCUGGUGAAGAUGCAGGCCAUGAAAGACAACAUGCCCGUGGUGAGGCUGGAGGAGCAGAUCCAGAAGCUCAAGGACUCCACACAGGAAGACACUCACGCCACGAAUGCCGUUCAGUGCGCGUACAGUAUGACCAUAGAAAAAUAUUAUAGCCGCUUAGUUCAUUUUACGCAAAAGCUCUCUGACGAUGUGGAAUAUUGGGAAGAUCAGAUAAUUAGGUUGAAAUUUCAAUUGGCUAGGGUCCAUGAUGACCACAGGGAGGCACAGGAUAAAAUUGAUUUCAUGCGUCGGCGUGUCACGGAGGUCCAAGAAAUAAUCGCAGCUGAAAAACAACACGCAAUAAAUCUCGCUAUUACGGAAGAAAAUCUACGGCAGUCUGCGUUGUCAAACCGAUCCAAGCGACGAGCAAUGCUUCUGAAGAAGAAAAGGGAUAAGACUAUAUUUAAGGCGCCUAACCUAAAGCCAGCCAAAGUCAAAGGGAGAAAGAAGAAACAAAGUAAAAACUGAAUAUAAAAACGCUUUUCUGGAAUACUUUCAAGCCUAUCUACUCGGCAACCAAGUCUACAGGUCUCUGCGAAGCAAGAUUUCUCAGAAGCUGAAGAGAUGGUCUUUACAUGAGAUUCUCCGACAAGAGCUGCUUCGAAAAUUGUCGAUAAUCAAGAACGCGGUUGCUUGAUUGUCAACAAUUUUCUUAGUAGCUUUUAAGCUUCUGUUAAAUAUAUUUUUGUUGAGGUCCCUAAACUCGUUUUACAUAAGUGUAAAUAUUAAUAAAGAGAAGGCUAUCCUGUCGUUUUACUUA